AUGGUGCAGAAAGGACUCGACAACCCCAAAAUAAUAGAUGUAAUCUGUUUUCUCUUAUUUGCUGUUCUCUACAUAGUUUCCUACUUCAUAAUCACAAGAUACAAAAGGAAAGCAGAUGAGCAAGAGGAUGAAGAUGCCAUCGUUAACAGGAUAUCGCUGUUCUUGAGCACCUUCACUCUAGCAGUUUCAGCUGGUGCAGUCCUGCUUCUACCUUUCUCAAUAAUCAGCAAUGAGAUCCUGCUUUCUUUUCCACAAAACUACUAUAUUCAGUGGUUAAAUGGCUCACUAAUUCAUGGUUUAUGGAAUCUUGCUUCUCUUUUUUCAAAUUUAUGUUUGUUUGUGUUGAUGCCCUUUGCCUUUUUCUUCCUGGAAUCGGAAGGAUUUGCUGGCUUAAAAAAGGGCAUCAGAGCACGCAUUUUGGAAACCCUUGUAAUGCUUAUUCUUCUUGCACUGCUCAUCCUUGGAAUUGUAUGGGUGGCUUCAGCACUCAUAGACAAUGAUGCUGCCAGUAUGGAGUCUUUGUAUGACCUCUGGGAAUUCUACCUCCCGUAUUUAUAUUCCUGUAUAUCACUGAUGGGAUGCUUGUUACUUCUGUUAUGCACGCCAGUGGGACUUUCACGGAUGUUUACAGUAAUGGGUCAGUUGCUGGUGAAGCCAACAAUCCUUGAAGACCUAGAUGAGCAGAUGUAUAUCAUCACUUUAGAGGAAGAAGCAAUUCAGAGGAGGCUUAAUGGUAUAUCUUCCACGGUGGAAUACCAGACAGUAGAGUUGGAACGGGAGCUUGAAAAAGUGAAAAGCAAGAAAACAAAUCUAGAACGGCGGAAAAAAGCUUCUGCUUGGGAAAGGAAUUUAGUCUAUCCAGCUGUUAUGAUAUUGCUACUGAUUGAGACGUCCAUCUCAGUCCUCUUAGUUGCUCUCAACAUUCUGUACCUGUUGGUUGAUGAGACUGCAAUGCCAAAGGGAUCAGGGGGGCCUGGAAUAGGAAAUGCCUCCCUAUCCACCUUUGGUUUUGUUGGAGCAGCACUUGAAAUCAUUUUGAUUUUCUAUCUUAUGGUAUCCUCUGUCGUCGGCUUCUACAGUCUUCGUUUUUUUGAAAAUUUCACUCCCAGGAAGGAUGACACAACUAUGACAAAGAUCAUUGGAAACUGUGUCUCAAUCUUGGUGCUGAGCUCUGCUUUGCCAGUGAUGUCAAGGACACUGGGAAUCACCAGAUUUGAUUUGCUUGGAGACUUCGGAAGGUUUAACUGGCUGGGAAACUUCUAUAUAGUAUUGUCUUACAACUUGCUCUUCGCUAUCAUGACAACAUUAUGUCUGGUCAGAAAGUUCACUUCUGCUGUGCGAGAAGAGCUCCUGAAGGCAUUAGGAUUAGAUAAACUUCAUCUGUCAAACAAUCCAAGAGACUUGGAGACAAAGCCGUCUGCAAAUGGGCAUCAGAAAACACUGUGAUUAACAAUCACCUGCAAUCAACAGAGCUGAAAACAUCAACCUCAUGGCAUUCCUACAUCUCAUCAGCAUUUUUGUAUUGAUUUUUAUUUGUUGAUAAUUUGGGUCCAACCUUGUCUCAUUUUUUGAUGCUGUGUGAUUCUGAGGAAGUUAGGUAUAUCAGAUUCUUCUCUUUCCAGUGAACUUUUGGUUUGCUUGUUUAUUUCCCCGUAAGUUAAUGCAGGAGGUGCCUUGAAGACUGGAAGCUGAAGACAAUAAUGCAUUCCUCUUUAUUUGUUGACAGUCUCAUAUCUUUAGAUAUAAACCUGCUACCAUUUGAAUGCACAGUACCUCCUGUGUUAUAUAGACACAGCUAUAAAGAAUAACUUCGG